UCCUUAAAUAUAGCAAUUAUAAUUUUUUUAUUCGCAUCUCACGUCGCCGUCGCGUGUCCUUAUUAAUACCGCCGCGGCGUCGCACCUCCCUUUGUUCCAUCGCCCCCAUUGCUCGCCAAGAGUUCUUCUUGUUAGGCAAGGCAAAAGCAGAAGCAAAAAGGUCUCGUUGGCGAUGGCGAGCUCGGGAGUUUCGUGGACGCUGCCAGACCACCCGAAGCUCCCCAAGGGGAAGCCGGUGGCCGUCGUCGUGCUGGACGGAUGGGGUGAGGCCAGCCCCGACCAGUACAACUGCAUCCAUGUCGCUCAGACUCCUGUCAUGGACUCGCUAAAGAAUGGUGCUCCUGAGAAAUGGACACUAGUGAAGGCUCAUGGAACAGCUGUGGGUCUCCCAUCUGAUGAUGACAUGGGCAACAGUGAAGUUGGCCACAAUGCACUUGGUGCUGGUCGGAUUUUUGCCCAAGGUGCUAAGCUUGUCGAUAGUGCUCUUGCCUCUGGAAAGAUUUAUAGUGGAGAUGGGUUCAACUACAUCAAAGAAUCUUUUGAAAGUGGUACUCUUCACCUUAUUGGGUUGUUGAGUGAUGGUGGUGUCCACUCUCGUCUUGACCAACUGCAGUUACUUCUGAAAGGUGCCAGUGAGAGGGGAGCAAAAAAAAUCCGUGUGCACAUCCUUACCGAUGGGCGUGAUGUUUUGGAUGGCAGCAGUGUUGGUUUCGUGGAGACCCUAGAGAAUGAUCUUUCGGAGCUUCGAGGGAAGGGUAUUGAUGCACAAAUUGCAUCUGGUGGUGGAAGGAUGUAUGUUACCAUGGACCGUUAUGAGAAUGACUGGGAUGUGGUUAAACGUGGCUGGGAUGCCCAGGUGCUUGGAGAAGCACCCUACAAAUUCAAAAGUGCACUUGAGGCUGUGAAAACACUGAGAGCACAGCCCAAUGCUAAUGAUCAGUACUUGCCCCCAUUUGUGAUUGUUGACGACAGUGGCAAAGCUGUUGGGCCUGUAUUAGAUGGUGAUGCAGUUGUCACUCUCAACUUCCGAGCUGAUCGCAUGGUUAUGCUUGCCAAAGCACUAGAAUACGCAGAUUUUGACAAAUUUGACCGUGUUCGUGUCCCCAAAAUCCGAUAUGCUGGGAUGCUUCAGUAUGAUGGUGAGUUGAAGCUUCCAAGCCGUUACCUUGUUUCCCCACCAGAGAUAGAUAGAACAUCUGGGGAGUACUUGGUGAAGAAUGGCGUCCGCACCUUUGCUUGCAGUGAGACAGUGAAAUUCGGCCAUGUCACAUUUUUCUGGAACGGCAACCGUUCAGGAUACUUUGAUGAAACUAAGGAAGAGUAUGUAGAAGUUCCUAGUGACAGUGGUAUUACAUUCAAUGUUGCACCCAAGAUGAAGGCGCUUGAAAUUGCUGAGAAAGCCAGGGAUGCUCUCCUAAGUGGAAAGUUUGACCAGGUACGUGUCAACCUGCCAAAUGGUGACAUGGUUGGUCACACUGGUGAUAUUGAGGCCACCGUUGUUGCUUGCAAGGCAGCUGAUGAAGCUGUUAAGAUUAUUUUGGAUGCUGUCGAGCAAGUUGGUGGUAUUUACCUUGUUACUGCCGAUCAUGGCAAUGCAGAGGAUAUGGUGAAAAGGAACAAAGCUGGCAAGCCAUUGCUCGACAAGAAUGGUGGUAUCCAGAUUCUAACCUCGCAUACCCUUCAGCCAGUCCCGGUUGCCAUUGGAGGCCCUGGUCUUCACUCCGGAGUGAAAUUCCGGAAGGACAUUGAAACCCCUGGGCUCGCCAACGUCGCGGCGACUGUGAUGAACCUCCAUGGAUUUGUGGCCCCUGCUGACUACGAGCAAACCCUGAUUGAAGUGGCUGACAACUAAAGACUGGCCAGCUAUGCCCAAUUUUGGUUCUAUAGUUUGAGAAUGGAUAUGGCCAUGUCAUUUAAUAAUUUAUGUUUGCAAGCACGUUGCUCAAACUCAGCAAAACAUUGAGAGAUGCCUUUUGACUUGCAUUUAGAUGCUCUAUUUAUACCGAUGACAGUUGUAUGCUGUGCUGGCUUUUGGCAGUUUGAUAGCUAUCUUUAUUUAGCUAUGUAUACUGUAUCUGAGGCCGCAAACUUUGUCUCAGUCUAAAAUUGCUCGAGGUUAUAUACUGUUUGUGUGAGUCAUCACUAGUGAUUA